AUGGAGCGGAUCACCAAACGGCUGCACAUCUCGGGCCUCACGCCGAAUUUCUCGCACACGGCGCUGCGUGAGAAGCUCGAGCAGUACGGCGAGGUGCAGGAGCUCGAAGGGUGUGAUGACCAGUACGUCGACGCGGUCGGAAACCGGCGGCCAUACGCUUUUGCAACGAUCCACGCGACGCCGGCGCAGCUGCAAAAAUGCAUGAAUGUGCUCAGCGGCGCGAUCUGGAAGGGCGCAAAGCUACGCGUGGGCGAGGCCAAGCCGCGCAUUACUGAGCGCAUGCUCAAGCGAAAGGAAAAGGAGGAAAAAGUCACCGAGGCCGCUCAGGAACGCCAGCUCGAGCGCCGGAAAAAGUGGCUGCAGAAACGCCCGUGGCUCGGCGUGCAGCCGAACGAUAUGCGCCCAGUGACCAUGGAAAAGGUCAAAGAGGGCGAGUGGGGAUGGAAGGCAACGCCGACGGGGCACCUCGUGCGCCCGAUGCAUAUGCGCCCGACACGCCCGUUGCCGCGCCCGGCGGAUCACCCACACAAGCGCAAACGGGGCUCGUCAGAACGCGCACACCGCGUCACGAUCGACCCGACGCGGUACCCGCGCGAGCACCUUGCAGGGAGCUUGCUCGACGCACUUGCCUCGGGGUCGAGCGAGCAGGUGCGUUGGGAGUGCACCGAAGACGACCAUGGCGUGCAUUGGCGUGCAUUGAGCAAGGACGGCAAGGUCCUGGCCACUGAAAGGGUGCCGGAAAAGAAGCGCGUGCAGAUCGCAAGCAAGUGUACACACGAUGCAUCGGAAUGGGACAUGCCGGACGAUUUGCAGAUCCAGCAGGCGAUGGCGACGCAAGAAGUGCCGACGUCGCUGUUUGGCGGUGAGGAUCAAGGCGAAGGAGGUGCUUGGUGGGACGAAGGGGGAAAGAGUGCCGUGCAUGAGCCUCGUGAGGAAGAGAAGGACGAGGAAGAGGAGGAAGAGGAGGAAGAGGAGGAAGAGGAAGAAGAUGCCGAUAAAGAUGCUGAUAAAGAGACUCAAGAGGCGGACGACGACGACGACGACGACGACGACGACGACGACGACGACGACGACGCGUCCGAGCUUCAAGAACUGUUUAGCAAGCAUGACGAUGCGCCUGAAGACCUCUUUGAGCAUACCAAGCCCUCAUCUUCGGCAUGGUGGGAUGAGCCAGAGCCACAAGCACCUGCACAGCAGCCCGAACCCCCUAAACCCACUCCUCCCAAACCCAUUCACCCUUCAGAGCCCUCGCGUGCGGCGCCAGUCCUGGACGAAUCCGACUUUUCGGAUGGCUACGAGGAAAUGCAAGGCUCGGCGCCGGCCGUAUCCGGCAGCGACGAGCGUGCUCGUGCACUUGCGCUGCUAGGUGGCCUGAUUGGCUCGGACCGGACCGAGGCGCCACCGCCUGUGCAUGUGCCUUUCACCGAGUCGGAUGAUGAAGAUUGGCCGACUGCCCCGCAGGCCGAUGAGCCUAUGCAAACGGAGCAGCCUAUCCAAGCGCCGGGAGAGCCCACUUUUCCGCUAAAGGAGCCAGCAUCAAAGGAGCCAGCACCAAAGGAGCCAGCACCAAAGGAGCUUGCUCCCAAAGAGUCCAAACCAUCCACCGAAACGCCGAACCCCCUGGCCAGUCUUGAUACCACGACGGACGUCGAAUCUACCCAAGCUGCACCUACGGAUUCGAGCGACCCCAAACCAUCUACCUCGCUCAAGGACAUGUUCCAGCAUGAUGGCGGAUUCUCGCUCUUUGGCGCAAUUGCCGAAGAGGACCUCGACGAUAUGGUGCUCGAGGAUCCCUUUGAGCCUGCGCCCGCACCCGCACCCGUCCCUGUCACUACGACCACCCCCCGCCCUGCAUCCGUGCGCCUCCCCCUCCUGACGACCCCCGCGACGCUCGGACGGAAUAGCCUGCUCGAGGUCCUGCAGCGUUCCGGCUCGACGCCCUUUUGGUGCGUCGACUCGGACGAGGCCAUCGACGAGCGCUGGAAAGCGCAGCGUGGCGAGCUCACGCAAAACUUCAAGCGGAUGCAUCGCGAGGCCGUCAAAAAGACACGCCGCCGCGUCGCGGGCUCGCGCGCGAGCACCGGCACCACCCGACCCGGUGCGGCGCCGCCCGCCGGCCGUGUACCAUAG